ACUCGGUGCAAUUUUUUCGGUCGAAGCCGGCCAAGCCUCAUGCGCGUGGACGACGCGGUGGCGGCGCGCUGGGACCGCAUCAAGAAGGAGCUCGCGCCGCAGGCCAAGCUCGAGCUCAAGAGUCCUGGCGUCGUCGAUGCCAUGCAGCUCCUGCAGGAUAUGGAGCGCGAGGUCGAGCGCUACCCGCGCAUGCCCAAGCCUCUAGGCCAUCCCGUGACGCCGGCCAUGGAGGCACGCGUCGCCGCGGCUGCGAUGGCCGCCGCCGAGAUGGUCACGCUCAAUGUCGGCGGUACGUGCUUUGCGACGACGCGAAGCAACCUGCUCCGCUUCGAAGGCAGCUACUUUUCGACCAUGGUAGAAUCGGCGCUGUGGCAGCCCAACGCGCGCGGCGAGUACUUUAUCGAUAUGGAGCCCACGUAUUUUGACCGGAUCGUGGCGUAUCUUCGGACCGGAACACUGAGCUUUGACGGACUGGCAUCCGCCGACGUGCGCGAGUUUCGCCGGCUCCUCGACUACCUCCAGUUGAGUUUCGUGCCAACCGAGUGGGACCCAGCGUACUGCGGCCACUCGCUGCAGCUCCAGAUGCACAAUCUGGUCGUGGUGCAGAAAGGCCUGGGCUGGAGCAGUGUCCUGGCGACGGCGCCGUCGCCCUUCUUUUCCGUCCGAGUGCUCGCCCACCACCACGUCGACAUUGGUUUUACGACGCGCGCCAAGUUUGAGCCCAACAAAGGCCAUGCGCUGCACCCGGGCUUCUUCUUUGGCUGCGAGCGCGGGUACGCGUACUCGGCGCACGAGAAGAAGCCGUUUCCCAAGCAGCGCGGAAAGCUCAUUGUCACCGCGUCCUUCAACCAAGCGGCGCGUGAGGUCUCGUUUGAAGUCAAUGGCCACAUGCUUGUCUCGCCCUUCCGCCUCGUACCGACGGACGCGCCACUCUACCCGAUCGUGCGUCUCGGCGAGCGCGAUGCAUCGGUGGAAAUGACCGGUGGGCACUGGUGCGAAGACGUCUAGUACGCGGCGCCUUCGACCAAUACUAGUAGACGUUAUGUUAACAAUCGAUUCUGAUAUAACAUAAUGUCAUUUGUAAGUUGGAC